AUGAACAACCCACAAACGUUCAAUAUCAUCAACCCUAAUCGUGGUUCACGCCAAAUUUAUUAUGAAAGAGUAGACUCGCGUUCAAUUUGGCGAAGGUGUCUACAAUAUCGUCCCUGUGUCAAGGAUUUGAAAGUCUUGAAUCCGUUUCGUGAUAAAAUACGUCAAAUGCCACGUUUUCUACGAAAGUUGCGUUGUCGUAGCCCUGGUGGUGUUCGUAGCAAACAGGGAUCGUUGUUCAGUGCCACCAGGAAGAGUUCUCAAGUUCCUACAUCCAUUAAGGCCGCGCCGACAUCAAGCGCUGAAGAACAAGUCCUCGCACCGAACCCAGUCUUACCUAUGCAGCUCACUCGUAAGAUUCUCGAUUCGGCUGCACCAAAGGUGUGUACCGAGACCUCGAAACAUAAGACAAUAGUUGGCGAGCCUGCAACAGGAAGAGUCCCGUCUCCGGUAUAUAACGCGAACUAUGGCCCACAUCAACCAUAUACACCAUCGAACCCAAACCACGAAAUUGGUAUGGCUUUAACCACAUCACAAACAAUAUUAAACUAUUCAAGCUCUCAGCAGGAUACUCGAAACGACAACGUCCAGAAGAGAAGCGACAGAGAAAACCGUGGUAGUGUCAGAUCUAACGGUACGUCCUCUUGGGGGAUUUUGCAGAUUGACAAGGAAGCAAAAGGCACCGAACUUGUAGACAUAUCUACACUGGCGCCAGCAUAUCUUCAGCCGAAAAUGAAACUCGUUGCCCACAAGAUUCCAGUAGAUGAAGUCGAGCAUCAUUCUUUGUCACAGUCAGCUUCAACAAAGAACUUGGUUCACCUAUUGGAGGUUGAGGCUUCUCGACAGGAGCAGGUAAAGGAAGAGAUGGAAAAGAUAACAUAUCACAAUGUAAAUUUACGAGAACCUAGAACACCAAGGGAUUCUAGAAGAUGUGGACAAGUUUGGAAUAGUGAGGAAACGAGGAAGAGUUUCCUUGCGAUAGAAGCUCUGGAUGCACUCGCUUUAGAAUUGAGACUCACUUGA